GUAGGUAAUCGCUGUAAAUGUGUAUAGCACAACCCGGGUAGUGUACAGUCUAUAUGUGUGUGCGCAAUAUGCACAGUCGGGUGGAUAUUCGUUGCUAUCCUAUUUUACUUCUAUCAUAUACAAUUUGUCUUCGUUAACACCAACUAAACGUAUUACGAACGGGCUACGGUUGAAAGGUUUGUUUUUUAGUGAGGUUAUUUUACUGGCAUUUGUUAAAAUGACCUAACGAUAGGAAUGCUGGGAUAGGUUCUAUAACCAGGAAGUCUAUCACACAGUCCGGAGAAGGCAGCCAGACGAAAGGAGCCUUUAUUUGCUAUAGUUACUGUGAUAAACAGAUUCGUUCAGACACUGUCUAUGUUCUUGUACUUCUACUUGAAACAACUUAAUUAUUUAUUGGAUCUCCUCCGAUCCCCUAGCAAGGGGUAUUACCCGUGUUUGAGGAGGUACGGAUCCACUAAGUGAGAUGGCGGACGAGGACGUGGACGAUCUGUCGCAGCUGGGAAAUUUGGAUAAUGCCACCAUAAAAAGAACUCUGCAGUCGCGAUAUGCGAAAGACAAGAUAUACACGUACUGUGGCGACAUACUCAUUGCAGUAAAUCCAUUCAAGGAUCUCCCUAUUUUCGGAAAGAAGCAACAUGAAGAAUAUCACUGGAAGACACUGCAACGUAUGCCUCCACCACACGUGUUUUACAUGGCUGCACGUGCCUACCGUCGGAUACAUGAGACACGUACUAAUCAGGUCAUCCUUGUUGGAGGGGAAUCCGGGGCGGGCAAGACAGAGAGCACUAAAUACAUGGUCAAACACCUUGUGUCCUUGUGUCCGAAAGAGACUGGUGACCUCCACGAACGUAUUGUCAAGAUCAACCCACUUCUGGAGGCUUUCGGCAAUGCCAAAACCACUAUGAACGACAAUUCCAGCAGAUUUGCCAAAUAUUUGGAGAUGUCUUUUGCGACCAACGGCCAAGUAACGGGAGCAAUAGUUAGAGACUACUUGUUGGAAAAAUCUCGUGUGGUUGACCAGAUGGACAAGGAGGGCAACUUCCACAUCUUCUACUGUCUUUUCGCGGGAGCUCCUGUCACCGUUCUCAAAAACCUGCAUCUGAAGGAUGCAAGAACAUACAGAAUUGUAAAAGGCAAUGAAGAGUUACUGGCUAGAACGGAAUUCUACAGAGCUAUGUAUCAGGAACAGAUAGAAGUACUCAAGUCUAUCAAUUUGGAACAAGAGGACAUCGACAUUAUCCACACGAUUCUGGCGGCUAUACUUCUCAUCACACAGGUGGAAUUCCUGGAACCUGAUGACCCUAACGAGCCAAUGAAGAUCAAAGACACUACAUUCGUUGAAAACGUUGCCGACUUAUUGAAUGUGUCGUAUGAGGACUUGGGUCACGCAUUGAUUGCCACAAAGCAGACGUAUGUUGGAGAAACUUUGGUGAAACGAAAGUCCAUGUAUCAGGCCAUCGACAGCAGAGACGCCUUCGCAAAAGCUCUCUACGAACGGAUUUUUGGUUGGAUCGUUCGCCAAAUAAACUUGAACCUCCAUCCGUCAAAGUUCAAAGCACCCACUGGAAGUACAAGUAUUGGUAUACUUGACAUAGCUGGAUUUGAGAAAUUGGAAAUCAACAGCAUGGAACAGAUGUGUAUCAAUCUGAUAAAUGAAAGGCUCCAGAGUUUCACCAACAGAAACGUCAUGGACUAUGAGAUGUCUAUAUAUAAAGAGGAAGGGAUCCACGUGACCGGUAUCAAGUUUAAGAACAAUGAUGCGCUGUUGGACUUGUUCAUGAAGAAAACAUUUGGCCUGCUGCCACUCCUCGACGAAGAGUCGAAGCUUGGACAAGGUUCCAAUGAAAGAUUUGUAAAAAAACUCAAUGACAAGUACGAUACGCACCCAUGUUUCACAGAAUCUCCACAUGGUCGUGUGGAAUUCGGUGUCAGACACUUCGCCGCCCAGGUCUGGUAUGACGGGUCAUUGUUUAUUGAGAAGAACCGAGAUAUGCUGAGCCAAGAUGUUACCUCCUGUAUGAGAGAGAGUGACAAUCCAUUUGUUUCCGACCUUUUCACUGUUAAAAAGGGGCCAACAGGGACUAUUUCAGCGACAAUGCAGAACAUCAGGAGGUCCAGGAAAGCAGAAGGUAGAGGUCCGAGGAAACCUAUUACGGCCAGAGGACAACUUCUUAUGGCCGAUUUAGGAAGGUCUCUAAAAGAAAGGUACGGUGAAUCUGUCCAGAGCACUAAUCAGGUGUACAACCCUAAAGAUCACAAAACAGUCAUCUCAUACUUCCAGAGCUCUAUGAAUGAACUGCUACAGAAAUUGCAACGGGCAGACCCAUAUUAUGUACGCUGUAUCAAACCCAACAUGUUCCUAAAACCAGACAACUUCGAUGACGAAAAGGUGUUGGAACAGAUGCUUUAUAAUGGGAUAUCGGAAGUGGCAAAGAUUAGAAAACUUGGUCUUCCUAUUCGGAAACGGUAUGACGACUUCACAAAGAGAUACAGACCACUGUUUCUGGAUUGUCGGAAGGCGCGAUCGGACAGAGCUGGGGCAGAGCUGCUUCUGAAAAAAACUUUGCCAGAUAAAAUGAUGUCAGGGAUACAAUUUGGCAAAACAAGGGUUUUCAUGCAGGAAGAUGUCAGUAUCUGGCUAGAGAAAUGUCGUGGUUUCAGGGAGCGGGCUGCCGUUGACACCAUUGCUAAAAGGUGGCAGCAAUAUAAGAUUGAAAACAAACGAAAAGAAGAAGAAAAAAGACGAAUGGAAGACGAAAAAAGGGCCAUACUGAUGCGUGAACUUGAAGAUAGUAAAGCUGACGAUUCAAACGAUCUAGGGCGAUCCUCAACAGCAACCUCCGAUUUUGGACAUUCGUUCAGACCUUCUCCAGACAUUGGACAUUCGUUCAGGCCGAAUGCGUCGUACCGGUCUGGAACUGGGAUCGAAGUCUCCUAUAAGUACAGCGCAAGUGCAACCAAGUCGACGACUUCCUCGGACUCUGAGGAUGAAGAUAGGAGUCCAGGUUCUACGAUCAACUACACUCCAAUAGAUGCCAACAAACUUGCAAACUCUGUUGGACCCAAAAAGUAUAAGGAAUUGCACAGAACGAAGAAGAAGGCCCCUAUGCUGGAUCAAAACACUAAUCCAAGCAGCAGCACUGAAAAUGGGAAACAAGAUUCUAAACCAAAGAAGGAUGACCCUGAAUUCUGGGAUAUCUUCAAAAUUAUCAGCCGUGAAUCAAAGAGGGAAGAUCUUAGCUCAAGUGGUUGGAUGCAGGUUCUGAAGAUCGUCACCUACUUCGUGUUGGGCAUACUUCUCUUGAUUUGCUCGGUGGUACAAAAGAUCAGUUUGGUGACUCUCGUAUCCGAAGACAAAGGUUCCGUGAGCAAGAAUACACGUUACAGUCUGCUGUUGGUUGCCAUCUGCAUUCCAUACGCCCUGACUUUCCUCAUCAGCCUGUGGAAAUCUUUGUUUGGAAAUGUCCCGCUUCCGAGUUUGAGAAAUAUCAUUGUUGUAUUAGUUUUGGAAAUUCUGCACUCAGUAGGAGUGUCUAUUCUCACCUUUCGAAUCCUACCGGAAAUAGACGUUGUGCGAGGGGUCCUUUUAGUCAGCUGUACUUGUAUGGUACCGAGUAUCCUAAAACCUUUAUGUUCGUCAACGAAGAAUCUCCAAAUGAGGUAUAAGUCAAAAGGAGGAAAGAUGUUUGAGUUCGUAUUGGAUCUAUUGGCAGCCCUGGGACAACUUUCUGCAAUACCAGUGGUUGUUUUAUACGAAUAUUACAUUGACAACCGGAUUUUCGUAGAGGAUCAUAGAAGAAUAGGUGAAUUUGCUCUUGGUCUUUUUCUUUGUUCACUCUCCUAUUGGGAAAACUUUAUCGACGACAGAUUCUGUGGAGCAUUGCAAGAUACAAACAGGUUACAGAUCGCAAUGCUAGGAUUGAAAUUCGAUUUGCAAGAAUGUCGGCCAAUAUUCUAUGCAGUAGCUACCCCGUUGAAGAUUAUUGUGACCGGUGUAGGUGCUUUCCUCUACUUGGAUCCUGACAAAAACCUAGAGCUUGAAUCGGCAUUCGACAUAAUGCUAGGUAGAACUGACGAAAGCUCUCUCAAAUAUACAUCGGUCGCCUGUCUGAUCCUGUCUGCAUUCAUUGGUCAUUAUAUAGCGUACACGGCAUGUAAACUUCAGAUGCAGAUUGUUUCCUACGCUGUACCAUUGCUUUUAUCAACACCAAUUGCAGUUCUCAUACUAUAUCUUGAUUGCGAACACGGCUUCCUGUUAAAUGUGUCGAACGAAGCCCGAACCUGUGAUGCAGCCUUUAUGGAUUCCUGGUGGCACUUACCAGCAGCAGCUGGAUGGCUCAUUUCUGUAUAUUGGGUAGGACGACAUAUCUGGUUUCCAUGUCAAGAUCGACUUGCAAAGCUUGAGCACUUGUUUAUGAGUCCUGUAUAUUGCGGUGUUAUCAUGGAACAGGAUCUGAUAAUGAACCGGCGCCGUCACACAAGAAAAAUAGCCAAAGUGAAUAUCAAAGGGCAAACAUGCUUCAGGUUAAACUUAGUAAAGUCGCAGAGGACACAUGAGGAGGAAAUCGAGGAUGCCAUACCUCCUAUGAUCUACGCAUGCGGAACGAUGUGGCAUGAGACACGACAGGAGAUGGUUCAGCUUCUUAAGUCAUUAUUCAGAAUGGAUAAAGAUCAAUUUCUACGGAAGAGGGCGGUACAAGAGUUUGAUGUGAGACCGUCCGAAGUAAAAUAUUAUGAGUUUGAACCACAUAUUCUCUUUGACGACGCCUUUGAAACCAACGACAAUGACGAGAGAGUACCGAACUCUUUUGUUAAUCUUCUCGUCGACCUAAUGGAGGAAGCAGCAAGCUCUGUUCAUGAAAGAGCAAUGACCAUCAAUGCCCCUUGCAAAAUUCCAACUCCGUACGGUGGUCAGCUUGUGUAUCUCAUGCCUGGGGAAAAUGUCAUGUUUAUUCACUUGAAAGACAAGAACAAAAUACGGCACAGAAAAAGAUGGUCACAGGUCAUGUACAUGUACUACUUACUUGGAUACCGGAUCCUCAAAGAGUGCCAGGAGCUUGUCAUAAAAGCCAUGAGUGAAAACGCCUUCAACGACCUGGUCAGUUGGCGGGUUUUUGAAAGCCAAAACACUGGCAAAGUGGAGAAAAGUCAAAUUUUUCAAUUUUUGGACGAGGAGGUUAUUUACAGAGCUCAAAACACGUUUCUCUUGGCCCUUGACGGUGACGUCGACUUCACACCAGGGGCAGUACACAUGCUUCUAGAUAAGAUGAAGAAGAACGACAGGGUUGGGGCAGCUUGUGGUCGUAUUCAUCCCAUAGGAAAAGGUCCAGUAGUGUGGUACCAGAAAUUUGAAUAUGCUGUGGCCCAUUGGCUACAGAAAUCCACAGAACAUGUCCUUGGCUGUGUUUUGUGCAGUCCAGGGUGUUUUAGCAUGUUCCGAGGAUCAGCUAUUAUGGACGACAACGUCAUGAGAAAGUACACUAUCCUUCCAAGUGAAGCAUCACAUCAUCUUAUGUAUGAUCAAGGUGAGGAUCGAUGGCUGUGCACACUUCUCCUACAACAGGGUUACCGCGUUGAUUAUGCAGCCGCUUCAGACGCCUUCACAUACGCUCCUGAGGGGUUUGACGAGUUCUUCAAUCAGAGACGACGAUGGAUGCCUUCCACCAUUGCUAACAUUCUUGAUUUGUUACAGGAUGGACGAAAUACUGUGGCUAUCAAUAACAAUAUCAGCUGGCUCUACAUAUUCUACCAAGGAUGUCUUAUGGUAUCCACAGUAAUUGGCCCAUCUACAGUGCUGAUGAUGAUAGCUGGAGCUCUGGUAACUGUCUUCAAUGUGGAAUUACUCACAUCUUAUCUGAUAUCCUCUGUCCCCGCUGUGUUGUACUUUUUCAUGUGUUUCUGGGUGAAAUCCAAGUACCAGCUCCUUGUGGCUCAGCUGCUCAGUGCAGUCUACGUUUUUAUCAUGAUGGUGGUAUUCGUCGGGUGUAUUGUAACAGCUGUGAAAGAAAAUCCCUUCCAUCCGAGUGUGAUAUUCCUCGCGUCGUUGGUUGUCAUAUUCCUUGUGGCUGCUUGCUUCCAUCCGCAAGAAUUUAGCUGUAUCAUAUUUGGGGCACUUUAUUUUGUUUGUGUACCCAUGGGCUUUUUACUUCUGGUGAUAUAUUCACUUUGUAACAUGCACGACAUAUCUUGGGGAACAAGGGAAAUACCUAGGAAAAAAACUAAGCAGGAGAUAGAAGAAGAGGAAAAAAGGAAAAGAGAAAAAGACGAAAGGAAGAAGCAAGGUUUUUUAGCUCGAUUCAUGCCAAAGCUGCAGUUUCAGGAUAUGUUUAAAGUCAUUAACGACAUGCAAAUGACCAAAAAAAAAGAAGAUGAGACUGCCGAUAUGCUUAAGGCUAUGAAUAAGAACUUUGAAGCAAUGCUAAAGCUCCAUCAGAACCAAGGAGACCAACCAGACACACGCGUAACGGAUACCGAAGGCGUACCACAAAUUGUUGUUCCAAAAGAUCCACCAUCAAUUCUAAAGAAGACUGUGAAGUUUGGGGAGACUACAUCUGCAAGUGAAGACGACGAGAGCUUUGAAGAAUUGGAAAACACAAAAAAGAAGGAUCGAGAUGAAAUGGAACGUCCAGAGUGGGUAGAAUUGGAGAAUCUAGGAAAUGGACCCAUCCUGCGAAUGAAAGCUGCAGAGGAACAGUUCUGGAGAGGUUUCAUUCACAAGUAUCUUUAUCCCCUGGAUGUUGACAAAGAAAAACAGAAGGAAAUUGCAGCUCGAUUGAUAGAACUCCGAAAUAGCGUGUGCGCUGGCAUGGCAAUCGUAAAUUUGUUAUGGAUAGCCAUUAACUUCAUGUUCCAGCUCCGGAAGCCAGCCGUUAUCUCUUUCCCGGUACCGAGUAACCUGGAUGACGCCGAAGUGAACCAAAACAACCUUGAGAUUGAUGCCCUCGGCAUGUUGUUUGUCAUCUUCUAUGUUACCAUUCUGGUUAUCCAAUUCAUCGGUAUGCUGAUGCACAGAUGGGGAACAUUUCUACACUUGAUUGCAAUUACAGAUAUUCCAAAUCCCUUCCAAAAGAAUGUUACCGAGAAUGACAUAGAAAGGGGGCACCCGAAAUUGCUAGCGAAAAAAGUGCUUGAAUUUUGUGAAAGAUUAGAUUCCGAGCCGAUUCCCGAUUACCCGAUGGACAGUGACGACGAGGACCAAGAGAAAGAGCAAACGCAGCGUGCCUUGAAAGAAGUCAUCAUGAAUAUACAAGAGAAAGGCACGAAGAACAUCCCAGGCUCCAAUAACCCUCUUGGAAAGAGUCUCCGCCAGACAGGAUUGGGUAGUUCAUAUAGAACAUCUGCCAGAAACAGCAGGGCAGCAGGUAAAUGCUUAAAGUCCGUUUUGAGGCGGACAGCACUACCAAAUGACCGUCUUUUAGACAGUGAGAGGAGAGGAACGGAAUUUAACGAUGUCGAAAAAGAGAUUCCAAAACGGAGGUUCGCUAUUGGUAUGCCGUUACAAAAGCAUUUUGUGAACGAGGUUAGAAACAGAAGACUUCCUAACACGCCGGAAGAUUUCAAGAAAAGGGAAAAUGGAAAUCUUAGCCAAACCCUUCGAAGAGGCGGGUACGAACCUGGGGCGUUCGGGGGAAAUGACGAUAUGGAGGAUAUAUACGAUACGAUUCCUGCUUUGGGCACUAUGGGUAAAAAUUUUGCAAAGAAAUACAGAAAAUUUAGACAACAGGAAGGACAUGGCGGAAAAAGAGAUCAAACUCGUGUUUCUCAUAAUGGCAUCGAGAUACGUUAGACUACACUACACUUUUUAAGAGUUCAGAAGACAUAACAGAGUUCAUCGAAUAUUACAGCAGUCCUGAGGAAGGGUAUUCAACAUGUUUAAUGAUUAUAUCCCUGAAAACAUUUUAUGACUGAGUGCAGCGACAAUGAUAUCUGGGUACUGGGUUAUUGGUAAAAUGUGGUAUUGAAUUACCACGCGUGCUUUCAAUAUAUAUUGCCGGUGAAUUAAGCUUAGAAUCAAGAUGUCUGGAUAAGUAAUAAUUGUGUGGUUUGUUUUCUUAUCAAACAAAAUUUCCGUUUAGACAUGUGACUGUAUGGUUUUGUGGAUUGAACGUUUGAGAUACUUGAGUUUAUCGCGAUCAUUAAAGCAAUAUCAUCUUAUGUUCUCUUAUAAGAUGCAAUAAGAUGUGAUAAACAGUCAUGACAGAGCAUACAAACUGUAAUGCAAUAGAUCUUGUUUUCAAAUACGUCAUAUAACAAAUAUCACAGUAUCAUAGCAGUUAAGACUAACAAAUCAAAUAAGACAAGCAAUGAAGUGACUUCCAUACUUUGAACUUUUCUACUUCGUUUUGUAGUUUAUAUUAUACCAUUUUACAAUUGUUAGGUUUUGUGUUUAUAUCAUGAAAGCAGAAAUAUUAUCCUUACGGACGAAGAAAUGAUUAUAAAAAGGAACAAUUCUCAACAAUGAGUCUUAAUUACUUUCAUCUCGUCAAAGUGAUUCUUAAUGGGCGGAUUGGUCGAGUGGUUAACACUCCCGCCUUCCAAGCAGGCCGCCGGGGUUCGAUCCCCGAAGUCGCCGUA